AUGUCUCAGCAUCAGGAGAAUCCACAGGGCACACAUGAUGUAAGCCUUCAAACCUUCAAGGAGCCCCAAAGUGUAGAAGUUGAACAAGCCUCCAGGGAUGUGGAGGAAACCUUUCCCUCCUCCCAUCCUGUGAUGCCUUGCAACCUGAAUGAGGACCCUGAGGUUCAAAAGCCCAACGCUUCUGAAGGUCUUCCGAGUUCCUCUUCCUCUUGUAGUUACAGUGAAGAUACAUCAUCAAGCUCAAGCACGUCUUCUGAAUACUCCAGUAGCCAAGAAGAUGAGGAUAAUACAACCCAUUCGCCAGAUGCAUCAGAUUCUGAGACUAUACCUGUAGAUUCUCUGAAAAAGAAAGUAAACUUUUUGGUGAAUUACAUGCUGCAUAAGUAUCAAAUGAAAGAUAUGAUGAGAAAGGAAGAUAUAUUGAAGAUUGUUAUUACAGAAGAUGAGGAACACUUCCACGAUAUCUUCAGGCAAGCCACUGAGCGUAUGGAGAUGCUCUUUGGCCUCGAGGUGAAGGAAGUGGAUUCCAUCAACCACUGCUAUGGGUUCUUCAUCAAAUUAGGCCUCACUUAUGAUGGGAUGCAGAAUGAUGAAUAUAGCUUUCCCAAGACUGGUCUCUUGAUACUUAUUCUGGGUGUGAUAUACAUGAAGGGCAAUCGUGCCACUGAAGAGGAGAUGUGGGAAGCCUUGAAUCUAAUGGGAAUCUACUCUGAGAUGAAUGACUUCAUAUUUGGGGAUCCCAGGGAGCUCAUCACCAAAGAGUUUGUGGCAGAACAGUACCUGGAAUGCCGGCAGGUGCCCAACACUGAUCCUGUGCAAUAUGAGUAUGUGUGGGGUCCAAGAGCUUGUGCCGAAACCAGUAAGAUGAAAGUCCUAGAGCUUGUGGCCAAGCUUCAUGGAACAGUCCCCAGUGCUUUUCCUUCACAGUAUGAAGAAGCCCUGCUAGAAGAGAGAGAAAACACGCCUUAA